AUGUAUAAAAUGGAGUAUUCUUACCUAAAUUCCUCUGCCUACGAGUCAUGUAUGGCCGGGAUGGACACGUCGAGCUUGGCAUCGGCCUAUGCGGACUUCAGUUCGUGCAGUCAAGCCAGUGGGUUUCAGUACAAUCCCAUCAGGACCACUUUCGGGGCCACCUCCGGCUGUCCUUCCCUCACGCCGGGGUCCUGCAGCCUGGGGACCCUGCGGGACCACCAGAGCAGCCCCUACGCCGCAGUUCCCUACAAACUCUUCACGGAUCACGGCGGACUGAACGAGAAGAGAAAACAGAGGCGCAUCCGGACAACCUUCACCAGCGCCCAGCUGAAAGAGCUGGAGCGGGUUUUUGCAGAAACGCACUACCCGGACAUCUACACCAGAGAGGAGCUGGCACUCAAAAUCGAUCUGACUGAAGCCAGAGUGCAGGUGUGGUUCCAAAACCGGCGCGCCAAGUUCCGCAAGCAGGAGCGGGCAGCUGCAGCGGCCGCAGCGGCUGCCAAGUCCAGUUCUGGAAAGAAGUCAGACUCCAGAGAUGAAGACAGCAAAGACACCAAAUCUACCGACCCCGACAGCACAGGAGGACCGGGCCCGAACCCCGUGCCCACCUCCAAUUGCGGCGGACCCAGUCCGACCGGAGGCCAGGUCAACACCACCGGGAACGGACAGGUAGACCAAGUGAAGACAUCCGUGUCCACCGGCAUGGGGGUGACAGCACCCAGCCAAGGAUGGGCCACCGCCCCGGGAACCAUCACCUCUAUCCCGGACUCAUUGGGCGGGCCAUUCGCCAGCGUACUGUCGUCUUUGCAAAGACAGAACGGAGCCAAAGCUACAUUAGUAAAGACCAGCAUGUUCUAA